UUUAGGUUAACGUAUGAUUUAACCAAUAAAGUAUACUUCAAAUUUUCAAAUUACGCAAAUGUCUCUUUUACGGACCUUAUAUAAAACUAAAAAAAUUAUUCAUGAGGGAAGAACUGUAAACUAUACUUACAAAAGGAUGAGAGUAUUAUUUUCGAAUGAUGCCGGUUUAGAAACGCCUCAAAAAGUAGAACCUGGUGGUUAUGCCAAGGCUUAUGAGAAAUUUGAAACCAUGAAGGAUGGUGAAAGUAAAAUACCAUCUCAGAAUUUUGCAACGUUGUUGAGAAAUUCUAAAUUUAUAGACCUUGGCGAUCCUGAGGGAAAAAUUGUUACGGGGAAAAUAUUUCGAAUCAUUGAUGAUGACUUGUAUAUAGAUUUCGGAUGGAAGUUCCACUGUGUUUGUCCUAGACCAAAGAAAAAUGGAAGCAGCUACAUCAGGGGUGCCAGGGUCCGCCUCCUCGUCAAAGAUUUGGAAUUAUCCUCGAAAUUUCUCGGCUUCGAGAAAGAUCUGACAUUACUGGAAGCCGAUUGCGUUUUAUUGGGACUCCAAGACAGAAGUAAAACUCUACCUUCCAAAUAGGCACUGUUUAAUAUUUAUUUCGUAUUAAAAUACAUGUUGAGUUAGACACAGGUGUUUUUGAUGGUUAACAGGCAAGAGUGUUAUAAUUUUUAAUAAACUUAUUUAUUAUUUUA